AUGGCAUUAAGAUUUCCGAGGUUUAGCCAAGGCUUAGCUCAGGACCCCACUACUCGUCGUAUUUGGUUUGGUAUUGCUACCGCACAUGACUUCGAGAGUCAUGAUGAUAUUACUGAGGAACGUCUUUAUCAGAACAUUUUUGCUUCUCACUUUGGGCAAUUAGCAAUAAUCUUUCUGUGGACGUCCGGAAAUCUCUUUCAUGUAGCUUGGCAAGGAAAUUUUGAGUCAUGGAUACAAGACCCUUUACAUGUAAGACCUAUUGCUCAUGCAAUUUGGGAUCCUCAUUUUGGUCAACCAGCUGUAGAAGCCUUUACUCGAGGAGGUGCUACCGGUCCAGUGAAUAUCGCUUAUUCCGGCGUUUAUCAGUGGUGGUAUACAAUCGGAUUACGCACUAAUGAAGAUCUUUAUACUGGAGCUCUUUUUCUAUUAUUUCUUUCUGCUAUAUCCUUAAUAGCGGGUUGGUUACACUUACAACCAAAAUGGAAACCAAGCGUUUCGUGGUUCAAAAAUGCCGAAUCUCGUCUAAAUCAUCAUUUGUCAGGACUUUUCGGAGUGAGUUCUUUGGCUUGGACAGGACAUUUAGUUCAUGUCGCUAUUCCAGGAUCCAGGGGACAGUACGUCAGAUGGAAUAAUUUUUUAGAUGUAUUACCCUAUCCUCAAGGGUUGGGACCACUUUUUACGGGUCAGUGGAAUCUUUAUGCCCAAAACCCUGAUUCGAGUAGCCAUUUAUUUGGUACUUCCCAAGGAACAGGAACUGCCAUUCUAACCCUUCUCGGUGGAUUUCAUCCACAAACGCAAAGUUUAUGGCUGACCGAUAUUGCUCAUCAUCAUUUAGCUAUUGCAUUUAUUUUCCUGAUCGCUGGUCAUAUGUAUAGAACUAACUUCGGGAUUGGGCACAGUAUCAAAGAUCUUUUAGAAACACAUAUUCCUCCAGGGGGUCGAUUAGGGCGUGGGCAUAAGGGUCUUUAUGACACAAUCAAUAAUUCGCUUCAUUUUCAAUUAGGUCUUGCUCUAGCCUCUUUAGGGGUUAUUACUUCCUUAGUAGCUCAACACAUGUACUCUUUACCUGCUUAUGCAUUCAUAGCACAAGACUUUACUACUCAAGCUGCGUUAUAUACUCAUCACCAAUACAUCGCAGGGUUUAUCAUGACAGGAGCCUUUGCUCAUGGAGCUAUAUUCUUCAUUAGAGAUUACAAUCCAGAACAGAAUGAGGAUAAUGUAUUGGCAAGAAUGUUAGACCACAAAGAAGCUAUCAUAUCUCAUUUAAGUUGGGCCAGCCUGUUUCUUGGGUUCCAUACCUUGGGCCUUUAUGUUCAUAACGAUGUUAUGCUCGCUUUUGGUACUCCGGAAAAACAAAUCUUGAUUGAACCUAUAUUUGCCCAAUGGAUACAAUCCGCUCAUGGUAAGACUUCAUAUGGGUUCGAUGUACUCUUAUCUUCAACGAAUGGCCCAGCAUUCAAUGCAGGUCGAAGCAUAUGGUUACCGGGCUGGUUGAAUGCUGUUAAUGAGAAUAGUAAUUCACUCUUCUUAACAAUAGGUCCUGGGGACUUCUUGGUUCAUCAUGCUAUUGCUCUAGGUUUGCAUACAACUACACUGAUUUUAGUAAAAGGUGCUUUAGAUGCACGUGGUUCCAAGUUAAUGCCAGAUAAAAAGGAUUUCGGUUAUAGUUUUCCUUGCGACGGCCCAGGACGCGGCGGUACUUGUGAUAUUUCUGCUUGGGACGCAUUUUAUUUGGCAGUUUUCUGGAUGUUAAAUACCAUUGGGUGGGUUACUUUUUAUUGGCAUUGGAAACACAUCACUUUAUGGCAGGGUAACGUUUCACAAUUUAAUGAAUCUUCCACUUAUUUAAUGGGAUGGUUAAGAGAUUAUCUAUGGUUAAACUCUUCACAACUUAUCAAUGGAUAUAAUCCUUUUGGUAUGAAUAGUUUAUCCGUAUGGGCGUGGAUGUUCUUAUUUGGACAUCUUGUUUGGGCUACUGGAUUUAUGUUUUUAAUUUCUUGGCGCGGAUAUUGGCAGGAAUUGAUUGAAACUUUAGCAUGGGCUCAUGAACGCACACCUUUGGCUAAUUUGAUUCGAUGGAGAGAUAAGCCAGUGGCUCUUUCCAUUGUGCAAGCAAGAUUGGUUGGAUUAGCCCACUUUUCCGUAGGCUAUAUAUUCACUUAUGCAGCUUUCUUGAUUGCCUCUACAUCAGGAAAAUUUGGUUAAUUUUAAUUUAGUUAUUUAUUAUUUUUUUUAUGUACUGUAUCAGCAACAAUCUCAUUUGUUUCGAUGGAGAGGGAGGAUCUACCUUCUUAUAUUUUUACAUCUAGGAUCCGAACUGUAUCAUUGAUAAUAAUAGGAACUGAACAUUAUAUUAUGGCAAGAAAAAGUUUGAUUCAGAGGGAGAAGAAGCGGCAGAAAUUGGAACAGAAAUAUCAUUUGAUUCGUCGAUCCUCAAAAAAAAAAAUAAGCAAAGUUCCAUCAUUGAGUGAAAAAUGGGAAAUUCAUGGAAAAUUGCAAUCCCCACCACGUAAUAGUGCACCUAUACGUCUCCAUCGACGUUGUUUUUUGACUGGAAGACCUAGAGCUAACUAUCGAGACUUUGGGCUAUCCGGACACAUACUUCGAGAAAUGUUUCAUGCAUGUUUGUUACCGGGCGCAAUAAGAUCAAGUUGGUAAAGAGAAAAAUAUCCUUUCGUAUUUGUAUGAAUCUCUAUGAUCUUUUGUAUGAAUCUCUAUGAUCUAUUAUCAUAGAAGAUAGAGGAGCCCUCUUUACCAUUCUGUAUAAAUAGACUAUUCUAUUUGUACGGAUAUGGUAGAGGGGCGUAUCCAAUCUUUCUUCGUACAUAAGUUCCCGGUUCUUCAGCGCGGAGUAGAGCAGUUUGGUAGCUCGCAAGGCUCAUAACCUUGAGGUCACGGGUUCAAAUCCUGUCUCCGCAACAUUUUUUUGUAAAAAAAAAAAGAUCUUUUUAGGUGUAAUUCUAAUUAAUAACUAUUUUUUUGGGGGGGGGUAGUUAGCAUUAGGGGGGGUAGUUAGCAUUAGUAGUUCGAAUUUAAUUUUGGAUUUUAUCUCUUAUCUUAUCAUAAUACAUUACUUCACCGUGGGCGGAUAGCGGGAAUCGAACCCGCAUCUUCUCCUUGGCAAAGAGAAAUUUUACCAUUCGACCAUAUCCGCAUUUUCUGCGUUCCUGAUACGCACGCAUAUGUCCACACAUAUAUGACAUAUAUCAUAUAUCAUAUAUGCGUCUGGAUCAUAUGUACAGGGCCAAAUAUUCAGAUACAAGAAUGAAAUAUAAUUUUUUUUGGAACUCAGAUUGAAUCUUAAUGUGUCUCACAAUCCGAAUUAUUAAAUUUAUUAGAAGUAGAAGGUAGAAGGAAUGGAGUUUUUGGAUCGGGGAAAUACAAAAUAAGUUCAAGAGAUGAGAGAAUUAAGGAUAGCUACCAGAAAGACUAAUCCAAUCCAUAAUGAUGUACCGGAAAAUACAAUAUUUUUAUUACUUGACCAACCAUCAGAAGAAGCAAAUACAACGGGUACACUAAUCAGUAAGACUGAUGAAGUCGCAAUUAAUGCAAAAACAGCUAAUUGGAAAGCAAUAGUCAUGUUUGUAAUCCUCCAAGCUACCAACAAAUGAACUAUACCAUUUGAUCCCUCGCUUAGUAAAAAUUGUAAUAAAAUGCAUCAUGUAGGGAUUUGACCAUGAAUCAAUUGAUUCUUUAGAACUUAUUACCUUACCGCUUUAUUUUAUUCGGACAUGGAGUCGAGGGGAGUUUAGUAUUUACUUCACAAGCAGAAAUACUGGAUCAUGCAUAUAUCUAUGUAUACAAUCUACAGAUAGAUACAUCGAAAUAUGGAUUUGCAUCUGGGAUGUUUCUACAGAUAGUUAGUGUAUCAUCUCAUAUAGUCAUAUUCCAUUUGUAGGAAUAAAAUAGAAAUUGUCUCGGGGAGAGAUGGCUGAGUGGUUGAUAGCUCCGGUCUUGAAAACCGGUAUAGUCUAAACAAAGAACUAUCGAGGGUUCGAAUCCCUCUCUCUCCUUUUUUUGCUUGUUGAAUAAAUUUGUUUCUUUAUUCAUUUGGCCCGUUAUCUUUCAUAAAAAGGAAUGGCCCGGCUAGGUAGAAUAGCCGAGCCAGAACAGGAAAAAAAUAGAAUAGAUAUAAAAAGAAAAAGAAGAAAAUCUCAACUAAGAGGGGUCAUGGAAAGAACAGGUUCCAAAUCACGAUCGAUUCCUUUUUCAAAGCCUGCUGCAGCUGCACGGGCCCUUCCCGCAUGCCACAAAUGCCCCACAAAAAAGAAGAAUCCUAGAACAAAAUGGGAGGUCGCCAACCAACUUCUAGGAGAGACAUAAUUGACUGCAUUGAUCUCGGUAGCUACGCCACCCACGGAAUUUAAAGAACCUAAAGGAGCAUGAGUCAUAUAUUCUGCCGAACGUCGUUCUUGCCAAGGUUGUAUGUCUUUUUUCAGCCUACUCAAGUCCAAACCAUUGGGACCCCUUAGAGGUUCUAACCAGGGAGCACGAAGAUCCCAAAAACGCAUAGUUUCUCCUCCAAAAAUAAUCUCUCCAGUCGGGGAACGCAUUAGAUAUUUACCUAAACCAGUAGGUCCUUGAGCGGAUCCCACGUUAGCUCCAAGACGUUGGUCUCUGACUAGAAAGGUAAAUGCUUGAGCUUGAGAAGCUUCUGGCCCGGUAGGUCCGUAAAACUCACUAGGAUAAGCGGUAUUAUUAAACCAGACAAAACAACAAGCGAUAAAACCAAAGACAGAUAAAGCACCUAAACUAUAAGACAAGUAAGCCUCUCCAGACCAUACAAAUGCACGGCGAGCCCAUGCAAAAGGUUUGGUUAAGAUAUGCCAAAUUCCACCAAGUAUACAAAUGGAACCUAACCAUACAUGUCCCCCAAUUAUAUCUUCUAAAUCGUCCACACUAACAAUCCAUCCUUCUCCCCCAAAAGGAGAUUUUAGUAAAUAACCAAAUAUGACACUUGGGCUAAGGGUCAAGUUGGUAAUUUUUCUUACAUCUCCCCCCCCAGGGGCCCAGGUAUCAUAUAUGCCCCCAAAAUAAACAGCCU